GUUUUAAAAGAAUGCCCUAGUCAAACGUGACUUAUAAAGUAACAUAGAAGUAUUUCUUAAAUUAUGUAUUUUAAGAUGAACCGGCAGGUUUUUGUGUGCUGACUUUUCUCACUCGUAGCCUUCUUGCUCACUCAUCCAACUUCAUUUUCCAACCCAAAAUGGAGGGCACAAUGAAAUCUUCAGCAAAUUACGUGCCAUUGAGUCCCAUAAGCUUCUUAGAAAGAUCAGCACUUGUGUAUAGAAAUAGGCUUUCUAUUGUCCACGGAGAUGUUAAGUUUACUUGGAAAGAAACCCGUGAUAGGUGUCUCCGUCUUGCUUCUGCUCUCACCCACCUCGGAAUUUCUCGUGGCGAUGUCGUUGCAGCCUUGGCUCCAAAUAUUCCUGCAAUGUAUGAGCUACACUUUGGAGUACCAAUGGCUGGGGCAGUUCUGUGUGCACUUAAUACGCGUCAUGAUUCAGCAAUGGUCUCUGUGUUACUUAGACAUUCAGAGGCCAAAAUCAUAUUUGUAGAUUACCAGUUGCUUGAUGUUGCUAAGGGUGCAUUAGAAAUUAUGUCAAAGGAUAGUGCCAAGUUGCCCCGUCUAAUCUUGAUAUCUGACAGAGAGAGCCAGUUAUCCAGACAGAAUAAAAGUAAUAGGAUCUUGGCUUCAGAGGAUGCGGAGUACGAGUCCAUUUUAGCUUCUGGAGAACCUAAUUUUGAGAUAGUAUGGCCAAAUGACGAAUGGGAUGCUAUUGCCCUCAAUUAUACCUCAGGGACAACAUCGAGACCCAAAGGGGUAAUCUAUAGUCACAGGGGGGCAUAUCUUAAUUCUCUGGCUUCAAUUCUUCUUCUUGAAAUGGCUUCAAUGCCGGUCUACUUAUGGACUCUUCCCAUGUUUCAUUGCAACGGCUGGUGUCUUACCUGGGCUAUGGCAGCACAUGGUGGCACGAACAUUUGCCUGAGAAAUGUCACUGCAGAAGGGAUUUUCGACAGCAUAGUUGAGCACCAAGUGACUCACUUGGCUGGUGCACCUACGGUUUUGAACAUGAUAAUAAAUGCAUCACCAAGUGUGAAAAGACCACUUUCAAGGACCGUAAACAUGAUUACAGCUGCUGCACCACCUCCUCCUCAAAUACUAUUCAAGAUGAAGGAGCUCGGUUUCAGUGUAACUCACGGAUAUGGCCUAACGGAAACCUAUGGUCCAGCAACUGUUUGCGCUUGGAAACCAGAGUGGAACUCUCUCUCACCUAAUGAGCAGGCUAAGAUCCAGGCUCGUCAAGGAGUGAGCCAUCUUGUCUUGGAGGAAGUAGACGUAAAGGAUUCUGAAUCGAUGAAGAGUGUACCUCCAGAUGCAAAAACAAUGGGUGAGGUGAUGAUUAGAGGAAACACUGUAAUGAAUGGUUACUUAAAGGAUGUCAAAGCAACAGAAGAUGCUUUUAAAGGUGGCUGGUUUAGAAGUGGGGACUUGGCCGUGAAGCACCCUGAUGGUUACAUAGAAUUAAAGGAUCGUUUGAAAGAUAUCAUUAUCUCUGGUGGAGAAAACAUUAGUACAAUCGAAGUGGAGUCUGUAAUCUUUAGCCAUCCAGCUGUUCUUGAAGCGGCUGUAGUGGGAAGACCAGAUGAUCACUGGGGUGAAACACCUUGUGCAUUUGUUAAACUAAAAGAUGGAUGCAAUGCCCGUGCCGAUGAGAUUAUCAAGCAUUGUCGCGAUCGUUUGCCACGUUACAUGACUCCUAAGACAGUAAUUUUCGACGAUUUACCAAAAACAUCAACAGGGAAGACUCAAAAAUUUGUUCUGAGACAGAGAGCCAAGGCUAUGGGAAGUGUUUCAAAAGCUAGCAAACUGUAAUAAACUUAUGUAAAAUGGGGCUUGCUUAGUGAAACACACCUUCUGUAUUUUGGAUAACACCUCUCUUCAUCCAAAUAUACUAGAAAAUGGUGGAUAACUAAGCCCACUUUAAUACACUCUUGCAAUUAAUCUCCUAUCAAACAUGAGAUAUACUUUGUAAUUUGGGUAUCAAACAGUGGCAGGAUUUGCUGUGUGCGUUGUGUCAAGGAGGCCUAAAUAUUUAUGUGUUAUUGAAUAAUCAUGUGGACUCAAACUUUGUAUAAGAUCUUAUGUGGUAAAAGCUUACCUGUAUGGGUUAUUAAUUAUUUA